AAUAAUAAUAAUAAUAAUAAUAAUAAUAAUAAUAAUAAUAAUAAUAAUAAUAAUAAUAAUAAUAAUAAUAAUAAUAAUAAUAAUAAUAAUAAUAAUAAUAAUAAUAAUAAUAAUAAUAAUAAUAAUAAUAAUAAUAAUAAUAAUAAUAAUAAUAAUAAUAAUAAUAAUAAUAAUAAUAAUAAUAAUAAUAAUAAUAAUAAUAAUAAUAAUAAUAAUAAUAAUAAUAAUAAUAAUAAUAAUAAUAAUAAUAAUAAUAAUAAUAAUAAUAAUAAUAAUAAUAAUAAUAAUAAUAAUAAUAAUAAUAAUAAUAAUAAUAAUAAUAAUAAUAAUAAUAAUAAUAAUAAUAAUAAUAAUAAUAAUAAUAAUAAUAAUAAUAAUAAUAAUAAUAAUAAUAAUAAUAAUAAUAAUAAUAAUAAUAAUAAUAAUAAUAAUAAUAAUAAUAAUAAUAAUAAUAAUAAUAAUAAUAAUAAUAAUAAUAAUAAUAAUAAUAAUAAUAAUAAUAAUAAUAAUAAUAAUAAUAAUAAUAAUAAUAAUAAUAAUAAUAAUAAUAAUAAUAAUAAUAAUAAUAAUAAUAAUAAUAAUAAUAAUAAUAAUAAUAAUAAUAAUAAUAAUAAUAAUAAUAAUAAUAAUAAUAAUAAUAAUAAUAAUAAUAAUAAUAAUAAUAAUAAUAAUAAUAAUAAUAAUAAUAAUAAUAAUAAUAAUAAUAAUAAUAAUAAUAAUAAUAAUAAUAAUAAUAAUAAUAAUAAUAAUAAUAAUAAUAAUAAUAAUAAUAAUAAUAAUAAUAAUAAUAAUAAUAAUAAUAAUAAUAAUAAUAAUAAUAAUAAUAAUAAUAAUAAUACUAACCUCCAAAAUGUUUCAGUUCAAGCUGGUUCUCAGCGACAACUGACCAAUUUGGUUGAAAAAUCGCAAAAGCGCAUGAAAUGGACACAUGAGAUGAAUACCUUGAUAAUGCGCGAAUACUACAGAUCAACUCGACUCGAAACAAAUAUGACUGAUUACAGAAACCAAAUUUACUUAGCAUUCAAACAGAAAUAUCCAGAACUAAAUGUAACGGAACAAAGGAUUGCAGACCAGCGGCGAUUCUUAGCAAAGAAUAAUAAAAUAUCCCCAAUAGAAUUACAAGAAAUCAAACAGCAAGUGGCACAUGAACUAUCAUUAAAUGAAACAACUGAAUUAAAUACCACAGUAGAAGUAGUGCCAGAAAUGGAAGAGACACCUACAACAACAGAUAACAGAAUCAAUACAAAUGAUGAAAUAAAUAGAAUAACAGCAGAAAAUGAACUAAAAACUUCUUUAGAACAAUAUAAAGACUUUGAAAUAGAACUCAGACCUAAGUUACCAAAAAUAAAAAGUGGCGUAAAAACAAGAUCUACAAUAAUAACAAUUAAUGAUAUACUUAAAGAUUACAUCGAAGAUAACAUGUCGUUGAGCACAAUUAAUACAAUAACAUACUGUGCAGCAGUAGCAGUAUCGAGACUCUUAGGCUACAAAAUACAACACAUGUCAACUACAAAACUAAAUCAAGAAAAUAUAAUACCUAAAUGGCAAAAGCGAAUAGAGACACGUAUAGAAGGGAAAAGACAAGUAAUAGGAAGAAUAACGCAAGUGUUAAAUGGAAACAAAUCAAAAAGACUUAACCAAUCAUUAAAAGAUAUAUACCGAUUAUUACAGACAAAACCUGGAAAACCUGAAUUUGAAGCUAUUAUCCGGAAUUACAACGACACAUUAAAACAAACAGUUCAAGCACUAUCACAAAGAAUCAGAAGAUAUAAACAACAAAAAAUACAAAAUGAAAAAGAGAGGAUUAACACAUGGGCCUCAAAAGAACUUCACGGAAGAUACCGGGCAGAACUCAACCAAACACACGUAGACGAAGAAAUGUCUACAAAAUGGUUGAAGUACGCCGGUCUUCAUGGAGAGACAGAGGGGUUCAUGAUGGCAAUACAAGAUCGAGUGAUUCCGACACGAAACCAUCAGAAAUACAUCCAAAAGCUAAAUAUACCAACAGACAAGUGCAGGAUGUGUCAUAUGGAGUCCGAAACAAUAGAACAUAUACUAAAUGGGUGUAAAGUACUCACAAAUACCGAGUACCUAAGCCGUCACAACCAAGUAGCCAAAAUCAUACAUCAGGAAUUGGCAAUAAGAUUCGGACUAAUCAAAGAACCAUUACCAUACUAUAGAUACGAGCCACAAAGUGUAAUGGAAAGCAACAGAGCCAAGCUCUACUGGGAUAAAGAAAUAAGAACAGAUAAGACUGUGGCCCACAACCGCCCAGAUAUAGUACUAGUAGACAAACAUCAAGAUAAGGCGUACAUAAUAGACAUAGCGGUCCCACUAACAUACAAACUACAGGACACGCAUAGUGAGAAACGCCGAAAAUAUACAGACUUGGCUUAUGAGAUCAAUAAGAUGUGGCGCAUUAAGAAAGUUGAAAUCAUACCUAUAAUCCUGUCAUCAAUGGCCGUAAUACCGAAAAAUCUGGCCCUAAGUUUGGAAUCACUGGAAAUCAGAAAAACUAAGAUCUAUGAAAUGCAAAAAGCAGUGAUACUUCAGAGUUGUAGAACAGUAAGAAAAGUACUAGACUUGAGUUGA